AUGGAAUCAAAUCUGAUUUGCUUUGCGAAGGCGUCGGAACGACUUAGCCAAAUGCAACGAUUGCCUCCAUCGGACGGGCAUCGAUUCUUCACCCGGUCUUACAGUGGCAAUCGCACUCAAAACGUCCUGCUAAAGGUUUUGUCCCGAGAAUACUCAGGGUACUUCGCCUCUGGCCUUAACAGGCGUUCUAAUGAGAAACCAUUCCAAGAGGUACCGGAACAGCUGCAAUUCUGCCUAAAGGAUAUUGUGCCGUACUGUUUCUUAAAUGGGCACAUGUUCAUGGGUUUGACGAGCUGCGGCCAAUUUCUGCUAAGCUACAAACUAUCGUACGACUACGAGGAACCGUUUGAGAAUGACUUUUGUUCCAUCCACAAAUAUGAGCUUUACUUUUGGAUCUACAGGCCGCACAUGUUGCUGAGUAAAUACUUUCACGUUUGCCUUUUCGAUGAUCACGGCGUGGACGAAAUCAAAUCGGUAACCAUAACGCAGUGGAAAACAGAUAACCAGCUGUUAAUCGUGCACGGUGGUAAUAUGAAUGAUGAAUCCGAUUCCUACGUCACGAUGGUCCGCGUACCCAAGUUGGGUUGCCUCGACUGCAAACAAGUGCGCGAUGCGCACAAUGGCGAUGAGGAGCGUCAGGAUAUUCUUUGCAUUGGGUGUAACAUGACGAUCCACAUGAAGUACCGCAACACAGAUUCGGGACCUCGUUUUAAUCCGAACUUCAAUCUCAAUUGUCCUGGGUACGUAAUAAUGAGCGAGAACAGCUUUAUCCACACCAUUCAUGUCGAGCUGGAUACGAAGCGAUCCCAACAGCGAGCAGGCGCAACUGCCGUACUUAGUUCUAAGUAUUUGCGAGGUGCAAAAAUUAACAAGCAUUUAACCGAAGAGUGCAAAAGGGCAGCAACUUGUAGAGAACCGGAACCCAUAUCUAGCUUAAAGCAGCAGGAUAUGGCUACGGUUCCUAAGAGAUGCGAAGUAGAUACGUUAAACAACGGAUCGAACUCCCUACUCAAUCCAAAGAUGAGCAUCGCUGAGCAAAUCAUCGCAGAUUUUGCAGAAUACGAGACUGAUAUGUACGAAACGAAGUGUUCCAUUCGGAGCUAUCCGGAUAAUUUUGACGAGCUCAUCAUAACCUCGCCUGUUGCUUCCGUUGCGAUGCAAGACGGAAACUCCACCGAGCCAAACACGGCGAAAGUGCGACUGAUGAACCAUCGCAAUAAUACCAACAUAGAGCUAAGAUUUGAGAGCGUGUCGGGUGCAGCGAGUUCAUCAGGAACGUAUGCGGGACCUUCGUCCGUGCCGGUGGUACACGCUCCGCACCGAAAGUCGUUCGUCACCCGUGUUGAUCUUCAAUCGAACGAUAGUCAACCAAGGCAAGACGCGUUCAACGGCGUGCGCAUCACGAACCCAUCUGUGCCAAUGUGUGAUAUGUCAUUUACGGCUAGUUCCUCAACCACUGCACCGACCUCGCUGAUAUCGAGGUCGCCUUUGCGAAGAAGAUUCGAUUUUUCCGAGUCAUCCUAUGUUCCUAACGCUCACCUAGUUCAUCAACAGUCCGCACUGUCAUUGCAGCAUUGCGUUGUGAACGGUAAUGAUGGUGCGAACUUCCAUGCUGCCUCUGUUCCGAGCAUGGAACUGGAUGCCGAUGCUGCCAAAGCAUACGAGUUCUCCGAAGACAACGAACGCUGUGAAAAAAUAAGCACUUUCCGCAAGCGACGCUUAGCAGACAAAAAGUACGAAUUUUCCGAAGAGCCUACUAGCGAGGAAAACAUCGAACCGUUCAACCGUUUGCGGAACCAAAUCCGGAAUCGGGUGGCAGCACCCGGCUACGGUUCGGCUCACCAUCAUGCUAGUUUCGUGGAUAUGAUCCCAACCACCCACCAUCUGCAUCGAGCUUCACCAAGUCAUGGAUUUCGGUCACCGUGUGGAUCUCCGGUCGGUAACAGAUAUCUUCGUUCUCCACCCGGUAUCCGGUCACCUUCGUACUAUCGUCAUCGCUCACCGUCGUCUCAGGGGACGACUACGGUCAAUGGUUCGGUAGUACUGCUCAGUACCGGUGGCGUCCCAACAGGAGCCUCAGCUGGAACUGCGAUAAAGCAGCUUAAGCGGAACGUGCCACUCGACCCACGGGACUUUAUUCAGAUACUAUCACCCAGUGCUGGCAUAUCGUCGGGAUUGGGAGGGUCAGGCGAGGCGGGAGCUCCAGACAUUCCGAAGUUUUUCCUAGAUGCGAUUCAAAAAAUAAACGAAAAGAAAAUGGCCAACGAGCUGCUGCUGCACGAAGGAAAUACAAAUAACGAAAACAACAUCAAUUGUGAUAACCAGCUUCCGAUCAAACGAUCAGCCAACGACGUAACCUUGCCAACCGAUUCAACCAAGCCGGCUGAGCAACCGACGUGCACCAAAAAGAUUGUGAAAAUCUACGUUGAGGAGGACGACGCGAAUUCCGUAGUAACUACAGAGGAAGAUGAUUGCAUUUCUCCUGGCUAUCAUGCUUCGCUACCGAUGGAGGUGCACGGAUCCUGCUACUCGAAUAUGCAAAUCAUUUCACAAGCCUCAUUCAACAAGCUACACUGUCCAGCCGUCGUCGUUACGCAGAAUUCGUUCGAUAUGGAAACGUUUUCAUUCCACGUGGCCAAUUACAUAUGUGCGCAAGACGGUAAAAAAUAUGGCAUCUUGCUGGAUUCAGCGUACGAGUUAACGCACGUAUGUCCGUUGACGAAAACAAUUACUUGCACGACAGUACUACAAUUUACAGCGAACGAUAUUGGUAACAAAGAGCCAACGUCUUGCCAUAACUGUACCGCAUCAAUCGAUUGUCAAAUGCACCGGAAGGUCUACCAAUGUCGGUCCCUAUUCACCUGGUGUAUUACGACCGGCGAGUGGACGGUGCUAGAUUACGGAAAUCUAACUUCUGGCCCGUAUCUCGAUGUAAAAAAACUGGCCUCCAACUAUAACCACCUGUUGAAAAAACUACGCUCAUUCACAAAAAAGCUGUUUAGCAGCAGCGGUAGUACUGGCUGUGAGAGUGAAUCCAACCGAACGUACGAAUAUCUGAAUCACCUCCGCGUGCUCGAUUCGGACACUAGCAAGGCGAAGCGUCGUCUGACCGAUCUGGACAACAUGAUUGAAUUCUAUUUGCGACACCCGCGUCGAGACGACGAAUACAGAUCUGAUUCGGAUAGUUACGGUGAGGAGGAGGAAGAUGAGGAUGAUGAAGAAGAGGAAGACGAAGAAGAAGAGGACGAAGAUUGGGCCAGUUCCAUUGAUGAUGCGUUAGUGAGAGGGACGUCAAUCGCUUCCGAUACGGUUAGCGAAGACGACGAUCUGUAG